CAGGCAGGCCAACUUCUGCAGGGAAGCCUUUGGAGCGGUUUGCGGAUCAAAUGCGUGCAACGGACCCGGUGUUUCUUUAGGAACUACCUUCCCUCUUUCUACAGCUUUGGAAGUGUAUUUUCUUUUUUGCUGAAGUAGUUAUCUGGAUUAUGGCUGUAUGCAAUGAGAAACUGGCAAACGAUGUAUAUUUUUUGUCGGAGACGGGGACAAUCACUGAGCGUUGGAUAAGAGGAAGUCAUGAGGAAAAGGUGUGGACCACCUGUCUCUAGGCCACUCAUGAACACCAUGUCAAACGUCUGUCAGCGUUUGUUCGCCCACCUUUUUCUGCACUUCUGACAUCUCGGACUCAAUUACCAGCGUCGCGACACGCCACGAUGUCCCGUCACAAGCGCAACUUUCACUGCUUCAAUGCAGUUGGAGGAGAAGGCUCCCACACUUCCUCUCUCCCCUUUGAGCAUCACACCCCACGGCAACCCAGGAUCCCCCAACGUGACAUAGCGACCUAUCACGAGUUGGAGCAGGACUGCUAUCUCUGUUCUGCGCAUCGACAUGCCCAAACUGUUGAAGACGCAGAGAACCAGCUGUUGCCUUUGUAUCACACUCACACACCGUUUCAUCAUCAUCCGCAGCAGUACGUUCUUAGGGGGCCAAACGGAUUUGAAGAGACAUACUCAGACAAUCAUUGCCACGGUCAUCAGCAAAGAUACAAUAAAAAGAUUGUGCUGGUGAAAAACAGCGAUCCUUCCUUUAGGAAGACCAUAAUAUUGCACUCCAGGGGUCUGUGCAACUUUGGUCUCUUCUUGGAAGAAGUUUCUGAUCUCAUGCAGUACCACAUCAGGAAACUGUACACCAAGGACGGCUGCAAGGUUGACAGCAUUCAGAGCCUUCUGCAGUGUCCAGGCGUUCUCAUUUGUGUGGGACGGGAGCCUUCUCACCCAUUAAUCAUGGAGAAUUUUGAGAAAACCUACAGCUGCAAACUUCCCAAGCUGAGUGGAAAGCCAUCUGCCUCUGAACGCACUGACAGGAACGAAAGACUCGCUGCAAAGACAAGUAUCAACCUCCCAAAUCUGGAAGGUGACAAGAGAGCUAACAAGUAUUCAGUUUCAUCUGACAAAUCUGCACCAGAUGGAAGAGACUCUCCAGACGUCAUUUCCUGCUCAAAUAGCGGAGACAGCAUCAGAGAAGAUGACAUAGAGAAACGGGUUCGUGUUAAUAAAGACGGGAGUUUGUCCAUGGAGAUGAAAGUGCGCUUCAGACUACCAAAUGAUGAAACAUUACACUGGUCUACCAAAGUAAAAAAGACAGCAGGACGGACCGCUGAUCAUAUCAAGGGUCACACUAAUCCUAAUUUAGCACAAAUUAGUGACGUAAGCUGUUCGGAAUCUGAAAUAAUGUCUGCUGAUGAUGCUUAUUUCACUCAGCACUAUCAGGGGCACAAAGAUAAACCCCACUGUCCAUACUGCUGCAGUAACUGCCAGGGUUAUGAGACAUCAAAGAAUGUACCAGAGACGCAUGGUGCAAGUCGAUCUGGUCACACUUCUAGUUCAAGUGCGUCCUCACAUACGGUGGUGUCUAGAAAGACGGUGAUUGAACGGCAAACCAUGUCGAGAUCAAGCGAAGAGCUUGCAGAGCACGUGGUGGAGACAUGCGUCACGCAAAGUAUCGAGGCAGCUGAAACGGUGGAGCUUUGCACCGUCCGGAGGGAGACUUGUUCACCAAAGUGCAAUGUGAAACCAUCCACUGAGAGAAAUGGUGAGUCUACUGGUUCAUACAACCUUCAGCUCAAAACUGCUCAACAAGCAGACCAAGAAGAGCAACAAGCCGGAUCUGCUACAUGUGCUUCUCAGAUGUUUACAGGUGAUGAAGAGAAGGAUGAUGGUAAUGAUGGGUCAUUUGCUCAAAUUAGCGACCCUGACACAACACAGACCACUGGAAGUAACGUGUUUGAUACAUCUCCAGUCUCAAAAGAAAGAGCAUCUAAAAGCUCAGGGUACACCAUACCAAGCCAAAAACCUCAAAACCAUCUUACAUCUGUCGCUGUGGAGAAGCUGCAGAUGUUCAGAUCAAACCAAAGGAAAAAAUCACGACCAAAGCUGGAGCAGAAGGUGAGUUACAAAGAGAUAAAUCUAGUGCCAAGUCUGUGGAAUCAGAUGGAUCUUGUAGAUCAAACAAAUAUGAAGAAAUUCAGAAGAUCGGUGAAGACAAAUGUAUCAUCAGUAUCCACAAAAUCAAAAGCUUCAUGUUCACAGAGAGCCAAAGAGGAAGACCAGAGGACUCACAGUGUGUUGUCAAUAAAGUCUGACACGUCUUCGAGAACCAUAAAGUCAAACAGGUCUAACAUCACCCCUUCGGAGGGGAUUGGAAAUUACGAAGACAUGAAUGAUUCAACUUUAGGUGCAAAACCAAACAAUUUAAUAGAUCCUGAUAUUCUCACUGAAGAAUCUGAAGUUCACAAUGAUGGAGAUGUUUCAGAGAAAUCAGAAGUGGAAGAGAGAGCAGUUAGUCCCGUGUCAACAAAAACGGAUCUAUCUGAAGCAUUAAGCAGAUCUGAAGUCCCCUCUGUAACAAUUGAGGAAACCGAAGACAGAUCCAACACUGCUACGCCGUCAAAGUCCAAAACUUCAGGGCGUUCAAAAAAGUCAAGAACCUCUGAGAUUCAUGGAGCAAAACGGGCAAGAAAGUCAGAAAGUUCUUUGAGCGUGCACUCACAUUUGUCUGUCAGAUCUAGAAAAACCAAUGCAACAGAUGUUUCCACUGCUAGUGCGGUUUGUGAGAGUACAGGAGAAGGUGUGACUCCUACAGAAGACAGAGCACCCUGUUUGGAUGAGGAAGUCAAAGAAGGCCCGACUGAUGAUAAAAGCUCUAAGACCAAAAGGUCAAGAGGGCAGGGUACAGAAGAUGUAGGCAUUUGUCCAGAUAAACAUCCAGCAAUUUGCCACAAAGACUCAGCUGAAAGUGACCUGUCGCAAACACUGUCCUGUUCAGAUAUUAUGAAAGAGGUUUGUGAAACUUCCUCCCCUGGAGAAUCUAAAUCUCAUGUUUCAAAGAGGAUAGGAAAUGGUCCACUGGAAGGCACAGACAGCGUCUCUGAUCAUAGUGGCAAAAGCAGCAAACACAAGAAAAAGAGCAUGGAUGCUGGAGACUUUGAGCUGGUUCCAUCUAUCUUACCUAAUGCAUCCCCAACCGAGGUGGUAAAUGAAUGGCUCAAAACCUUACCAACAGAGAAAGACCUUUAUGAGAUGGAGGAAAUUAAUGAAAAUGGGAAUGGAGUUAAAGAUGAUGCUGCAGCUGAGGAAGCAGAUGGAUCAGAGGGUGUCGAUAAAAACGAGUCCAAAGCUGAAAAUGUGAAAGAAGUAAACUGCAUAAGCAAUGUCCAUAAUGAUGACUGCCAACAAAGCACAGAGGCACCAAAUGAAGAUAAUACCUGUACUCAGAGAGAAGACGGCUCCAAAAUGUUCAACUCCUCCAUACAGGUCAUGAAGGUACUUUUAAACCCCAAGCUUGACAGAUGCAACAGUUUACCAGAAAUCUCCCAUGUGUAUGGGCGCAAAUUAAGCACGUCAGCUAAAGGUCUCUUAGACUGUCUCGUGAAACUGCAGUUGAUAGAUUAUGACCCUGAGAAUGCAAAUGAUAAGAACGAAAGAUACCAGCAGCUCAUGAGUAUUCUUCAGUCUCUUUGGCUUUCUGAGCCUCCAGAAAAGGAACAUUUACAAAAUACUAAUGAUCAUCAUUCUGUUGAGGGGGAGUACAAUCACACCUCAUCAUCUGGUGUGGAUGUAAACAGCGGAUCCACUGGUUCUGGGAAGAGCAGUGAUGGAGUAAAGAGCAGCAACGAUGUGAACGCUGACGGAUCUCAACCUCAGAACAGUUUGAUCAUGAUUGAGAAAGCCCACGAGGAAACAGAUGCCGAGUGGAAACUGGAAGUAGAGGAAGUAAACCAGGAGGAGGACGAUCGAGCCACAGAUGAAACAAUAAGAAGCAACGAUAGUCCCAAGGAAGCUCCUGAAACCCCAUCAUCCUCAAACAAGAGUUCUAGAGGAUCCAGCAGUGAUGACAAAACUCGCUCUGGGAAACAGCUUCAAGACCCUGAUCCGGUUUGGGUGCUAACCCUACUGAACAAAAUAGAAAAGCAGUUCAUGACCCAUUAUAUCAGCGCAAUGACAGAGUUGAAAAAUAGAUGGAGCCUGAAAGACACUGAUCAGCUUGACAUGAUGAUAGAGGAACUCAAAAGUGACGUGCACAAAAAAAUUCAAAUAAGCAUUGACAGGGAAGUGAGGAAAAUUCAAGGUAAGGUGGGGUUACCAAGACCUCCUAAUGAGGCAGUACCCAGAGUUUCAGGUAAACAGACUGAACAGAGAAGGCGAAAGCUGAAGAACAAGCUCCAACAGUCAAUGGACUCACAAGCUGAAAAAAGCGAUUCAACAGGGACAUCCUACAGCGACCAGCGAGGUGAAAAUAUCGAUGAAUACUGUCCCUGUGAAACGUGUGAAGAGAAAAACCUUAAUUUCAGAACAACUCUCUCAGCCCAAGUCAAAAAAACUGCACCUGUUUUCACAGACUAUGACCUGAAAAGGAUUCUGCUGAUGAAAACAGCAAUGGAUUGGACAGCUCCCUGUGGCAAUGACAACGACACAAUAACAGCAGAAACACUUGUGGAAAAAGUCAUUGUUGGAGCAAUAAAAGAAGUAGAAUCCGAUGAAGUGGACAAAGUUAGAGACAAAGCCUUUGAAUUUCCAGCAGAUGAAACGGAAGAAAGUGACGCCAGCCAAGAUGACCAGGCAACUAUUGAAGAAACAGUUAAACUCUCUGCUGUAGACAACGAAGAAGAGAUAGGCAAAGCUGGAGAUCAAUCACCAGAAAGUGAGACUGAAACCACAAGCCCUGUUGAAAAGAAGAUGUUAGAGGUUGAAACGGCUUCAGAAGAUGGGACCGUUGGUGCACCAAGUGGAGAAAGAGGAUCCAAAGUAAACACUGAAACAGCGUCUGAGGACGAGGAUGAAGAAGAAGUAACUGAGAUCAUGUCAUCUGAGCACAAACAUAUCACCGCUUCUACUAAGGAACCACCUAACCAGGCAGAUAACGUUCCUGAUGAUACUGUUGAAGUUCAAAGUAAAGAAGAGUCUGAGCAAGAAGAGCAAUGUGUUUCAGUGAAAGAUGCCUCAUCAUCCAAAAUGGAAGGUGAUCGUGAGGAAGCAAGGAAGGAUUGGUUAACUUUGAAGAGGAAAUUGCUCCCAACUGUGCGAAUAGUUCUUCAGACGAAAACUAAGAAAAGAGCAACGACGAAUGACGAGAAUAACGAUACAGUUACGUUUAAUGAAACGAUGAAGGAUCAGACUGAAGAAGAGGAAGGUAAGGCUCGAGUUGCUGCGCUACAACAAACUACAGUCUUAAGUGAAAACGAGUCGUCAGACGAGGCUGAAUGUGGUGAGGCUGAAGAUAAGGAACAUGAGGUUAGUGUAAAACAAACAACUGAUGUCAAAUCCAACAAAGAAGAUGAGGAGGAGGUAGAAAUGGACGAGGACAGUCUCUUGAAGAUGACAUCUAAUGCGACGUUGUCAGAAGAUGAAAACGCAGCCACAGAAACGUCCCCAACAGACACAAGCGAACAUGGAGCUGAGAAAGAUGAGAUUGAAGAGCAGUCUUAUGUGGCAAACUUAACUGACCAGAAAUCUGACAUGGAAGAAGCCAGGGAAGGUACCGAUACCACCAGUGACCAUGACUCUGUGGAGGAUUCAGGCCACACCAGUGAUGGAGAUGAAAGUCAAUUUGAAAAGGAGGUCACGGUUAACGAACUAUCAAGCAUACAAGAAGAAGAAGCAACUGAAGAUGAGCUUUCUGUUGUAAGUGAAGCAGAACUGAAGAAAAAACAAAUGACAGCACUUGGGUAUGCUAAAGAGAACAAAGGAGCACAAUCUGAGGUUCAAACAUCGGAAAGAGAAGAGGUUGACGAGGAAAGCAUAGCCGAGAAGGAACAAACUAUUUCUCCCGUCAAUUCAACUGAUUUCCUAGAUGAGAAUGAAGCGGCUACGGCUGAGUCUUCAGAGGAAGGAGAUGAAGGGGCAACAACAAAUGAGAUGGAUGUUAAAAAACAGGUUGCAGUCACAGGAGAAAAGGAAAGUGUAAGUGCAGCUAGCACCGAUCAAGAAUCUGACGAUGAGAAAGCUAAGGAAGCAGGACAGGUCGAUACGGGACAGGAGCCGGAUGCUGCAGAGGUUCUCAAGGCUUCCUCAGCUACAAGUGAAGAUGAAAAUGAAGAAUCGGAGACAGCUACAAGCGAACAUCAACCCGAGAAAGAUGCAGCAGAGGGAGAGGGAGCAGGCUCAGACGAAGAGAAGCUUUCUGCCGUCAGGGCAAAUGAGUCUGCAGAUGAAGACAGGGUUUCAUCAACAGAAGAUGAAUCAUCAGAGGAGCUUAAUGAAAGAGCAAGCACUGAAGAUGAUAUAUCUGCAGAUAAAAAGAUUGUCCUGACACAAAAUGGUGAAUCAAAGGAUGAGACUGCAGCAGAUGGGCAACACGAUGAAGUAAGUGAAGAAGCUGCAACGGUUGAUGAUGGAGAAGAGACGGACACCGCUGGUGAGAGUGACUCUGCAGAAGACAUAAACGGCACCACGAACGACGACGGAACUGCUGAAGAGAGCGACGCCAUGAGUGGUGAACUCUCAACUGGACAUGCUGAAAACGACACAAACGAUGAGCGAGACGGGUACGAAGCAACUGCGACAGCUACAAGUGCACACGAAUCUGACAAAAGUGAGGUCGCAGAAGAGGAAGAAGCGGCUGACUGUAAGAAGCGGACGGUUAAAGUAAACAAUAGAAACGAUCAGGCUCUCACAAGUGAAGCUGAAGAUGGCAGCGAAGAAGACGAGAUUGAUGCAGACACAACUGAAAUGGAAUCUGGUAAGGACACAGACGGAGAAGCCACAAGCAAACAGGGAUCUGGCUCAGAAGAUGAGACUAACGAAGAGAACGAAGAUAAGCUAAAAGAAAAACAAAGUAUUGAGACCACUGAUGCUGAGGAAGAAGAUAUGGUUAAAAGCAAGAGGGACUCUGCAGAGGGCGACGAGGCCUUUACGAAUGAUGAAACUUCAGUUGCAGAGACAAAACAUGAAAUCAACAAGGCCUGUAAUGAAUCAAAUAAGAAAGUGCCAGAGGAAACAGGUGGUGAAGAAUCUGAUGCGUCUGCAGAGAAUGAUCCUGGAUCUACGAUCGAAGGAAGCUCCCAACCCGUCAGUGAAAAUGAAUCCGAGGAAGAAGGCAGCGGCUCAGCAAUAGACGAUGAAAAGUCUGAAAGCGGUUUAAGAGCGGGCACAGAUGAAACCACGGGUCAGGAGGACACGUCAACAGUUAGAGGCGAUGACAAGUUGGGAGACAACGAUUCAGAAACUCAGUCUGAUAAUGAGAUCGUAGAGGAGACUUCACAAGGAUAUAGUGAGGAGAACGAGUCUUUAAGUCAGGCUGAAUCUGUUGAACGAUGUGUAUCUGCCAAAGAAUCUAAAUCAUCGGGAAAAGUGAAACAAAGCAUUGAAGAUUUUGAGGAAGAGAAAAAAGGCAAAGACUGUGACACAUCUGUUGUUGACGCACUAGUAGAUGAUGAAACACCUCUCGAAGAAUCUGAAUCAGUUGAAAAUGAAAGUGAAUCUGAAUCCAAAGGUGAAGACUGCUCUGAAGCUGCCUCUAAGGGAUAUGGAGAUAACAAAUCAACGGAUGAAGAUUUAAGUGAAGCAGAAAUGGUUGGCAGUGAGAUUACACAAAAUGACAGUGGAGAAAGAGCCAGAACUAAGGAUGCAGGUGAAGGAAGGGAUGAUGGAGAUAAAGCUGAAAUUGAAGAAUCUGCAGAUGAAGCAGAGGAUGGAUCUGUAGAAGAGAAGGAGCCGCAAUUCACUGAUGAUCAAGAUGAAGACCGAGAUGCGGCAGCUGCUGCUUUGAGCGACAUGACUCUUGAAUCUCAAGAGAAGAAGAAUGGCAUCCUUAAAAUAAACAGUGAAAACAGCAGUUUUAAGGAUUCUGAAAAGGACGAGGAUGAUACGGACACACCCCACGAAGGCUGGAGUGGAAGCUUAGGAGACUCGGCCGAUGGAGAAGACGAGGCUGAGGAAGACUCCGAACCCGAAGAAGACACCGACGACAGACAGAAGCCUUUGGUUGCAGACAAGCUGGGAAGCUUGGAUGCAACUAAGAGAGCUGCCAAGAAAACAUUACAAAUCCCUCUAGAAGCUUUGAUAAAAGAGAGAGCUGAGUCGGAGGACGGUGCUUAUGCUGAUAUUGAAGAUUCUGAGACUGAAAUGCACGGCCAACAAGCUGGUGCGAGCCUCGAGUCAAAGAGUUUGAAAAAGGUAUAAGUUGACUGUGACAGAGAACGUCAAGAGAUUGGCUUGCAUGACUGGUACGAUGCUACAAGUUGUAAAUGAUCUGGAUUGUAUUAAAUCAUUCAUAAGAUUAUUGUAAGGAAGACUUCUUAGAUCUGCAAAGUGAACAGAGGAUAACUACAAAAUUUAGAUGUCUCAAAUCUCCAUAUUUACUGCAUCACUAGUUUCAGAUAGGCAAAAACCGAAAAUUGCUUGCACUUUGUUUUAGAAAUUGUACUGCAAAACAUGCUAUAUAUGCACAACUAUUGAUACAUUUGCAUGAAAAAAAAUUAUCUGAAAUACUUGAAUGUAUAUAUUUUAUGUUGUAGGUUUGCAUAACUGUAUAUCUACUGUAGUGCAUUUACUCUGUUGUGGCUAAUUAUGUUACAUGUGUAGAGUUAAAAUGUGUUUGACCGUAAUUUAUCUAAAAUACCUCUGUUAAAAACAAAGUUAUAUAUUUUUCUAGACAUAACAAAAUUUGAUGACAGUUAAUAUGCCGUGGAAGCAUCUUUUAAAACCCAUCACAUUGCAGCAGGCACAUUUUUCUCAGAAGUGGCAGGGCACAAUAUUUGCUUUAUUAUAUCGUGGCAUAUGAUUUUUGUUCCGUGUCCUAGACUAUGCAGUUGUGUUUCUCGGUACGGAAGUACUUCAGUGUUUGUAAUCUUAUGCUCAGUGUGCCACAGAAAGAGCAGAAGCUGCAGAAACUGUAUCAUCUU